AUGAACACCUUGUCCUCCCCAAACCCUGAUAGUCCUGCCACUGCCUCAACUGAUUCUCCCAAUAUGCCACCUCUUGCCUCUGAUGUCUCUGACAACAGUAGCUUUGACCACACUCCCAACCUGCAGCUACUAGCCAAUGUCAGCAACGACAACAUAAUCCAACGUCCCUCCACUAAUGUUAUCCAAUCCUGGCAAUCCAUUUCUUUUGACACCUCCAUCUCUAUCCAAGAUGUUGAUCUCUUGGAACGUGUACUACCCCACUUUCCUGGAGCAUAUGCUGACCUAGUCACUCGACCUCCUAUGGGUGUUCCUAUUGAUGGUAAUCCUGCAUUUGGAUUACAACGGAUCUCAACAACCAUGGCAGAUGUGCUCCGUACCGCUGAACCUGUAGGGAAUUGGAACUCUGCGGACAAGGAAUGGGAGGAGGAUACUUGGGAAUACUUGCUGACAUGA